CACUGCACAUCUGUCACACUGACAGCUCGAGAGGAGAGCCGGUAAUCGGCUUUCCGCAGAGGGGACAUGUACACUAAUCAUCAGGGCCCUGAUGAUCAGUGUGCCCUGAUGAUCAGUGUAGCCCCAGCAGUGCCACCUGUCAGUGUCCAUCAGUGCCUUAUGUCAGUGCUCAUCAAUUCCUCGUGCCAGUGCCACAUAGUGCCUACCAGUGCACAUCAAUGCCACAUAUUAGUGCCCAUCUGAGCUGCCUUUCAGUGUCAUCCAUCAGUGCCAGUCAGUGCCACCUAUCAAUGCCAAUCAGUGCCACCUAUCAGUGCCAGUCAGUGGCGCCUAUCAGUGCCAGUCAGUGCUGCCUAUCAGUGCCAGUCAGU